AUGAACAUCACGCCGAUAUUCAGUCAUUGGGAAACAGACGUUUUGUGUGACGAGUGUAAAAAUAUUGAUGCUUUGGCAAAAGGCGCCAGCAAUAUCGUUUAUCAUAACUUCAAAUGGCAGUUCGCUACAUUAGUGCUAAUGAAUUCUACAGUGUUUUGUGGUGUUGGCGCAUUUAUGAAGUCUUAUGGGAGGAAUAUUAUUUUUGUUAAUGAAUUAUCAUCACCGAUGUUUUAUGAAACAAUGACUCAAUUCGUUCUUUUUGGAUAUGAUCUUGAUAAUAUUGUUACCAUGUUGCAGUGGAUAGAGAGUUACAAUUUGGACAAUACUGGUAAUUUUAUAAUCAUCUGCCAAUCCGAUGAAAGAGAUCUAUGUGAUGAGAGCGAGGCUGUAAAAAUUUUAUGGGAGUUUAGAGUGGUUAAUGUUAUUUUUGUUAAUCUCUCGCACCGUGGGACCGGUUAUUCCUAUAAUUACGAAGAAAACUGUAAACCUGGUCCACCUAUGAAACUAAAAAAUUGGGAUACUUGCUUCGAAUCCGGAAUAAACUGUUAUGAUUAUUUCCCUAUGAAAUUACAAAACUUCCACGAAUGUCCGAUUUUAGUUUCCACUUUCAUUCAGCAACCUUAUAUGGUUUUGAACGAUAACGUGCCGUCGGGGGCAGAUGGAGAUUUAUUACGUAUAUUGAUAGGAGCUUUAAAUGCAACUCUUGUAGUGAAAACUCCGUGGAAAGGUGAUGGGUGGGGAAAUAUUGACGAAAACGGGAGCUGGGUGGGAUCUCUUGGUGAUCUAUAUUAUAAUUUAGCUGACUUCUCGAUGACAUCCGCUAGUAUCACAGAAACCAGAACAUUUUAUCAAGUACAUCUCAUAAACUCUCUGAAGACGGAUGUGUACAUGUCAAAUUUUGUAACUAUAAAGGACGCAAUAAGAGAAGAAUAUGAUUAUGGUGGAGGUCUAGCUCUGAGAGACUAUUAUGUUGAUCAACCAGAAAUAUUUGAUAAUUGGAAAGAAGUAAAUAGCACUGACUAUUUAGAAAUUAUGAAUAAUCUGACUAAAGUAAACUGCGUCUUCGCAUUAGAGUCAUUUUUUAACGCCUACAAUAAGGCUUUAGUUGUAACAUGUGGAAGAUUUGUUCUUCAUCAACAAACUGUUUUUCCACAGUUUGUUAUAUUUGGUCACAAUUCUGUGGAAAUCAUCAAUACUAUCAAAUGGAUCGACAAAUCAAGAUAUGAUAAUGCUGGAAAAUUCAUUAUCAUAUGCCUUGAUUUAGAAAACAAAAAUUGCGAUGAAAAUCGGGUUUUCUUUACAUUGGCAAAAGUUAAAAUAAUAAAAGUAGUGUAUUUAAGAGUGACCAAGGACUCGGAGUACUUGUCCUUUUCAUAUGAUUUUAUUCUGCCCGAUAAUUGCUAUAAUAGUAAACCAGAAUUGAUUAAUUUCGACGCGAAAUGUCCAAACGAUGAUUGUUUCAAAAUGUUAUUUCAAGAUCAGCUAAAGAAUUUUUAUGGAUGUCCUCUAAUUGUGUCUACAUUUGAACAGCCUCCAUUUAUGUAUCUAAAUAAUGAGACUAUGGAACCUACAGGCAGCGAUGGAGAUAUCAUCACACUAGUGGCAGAGGCUUUGAAUGCUUCGUUGGAAAUAAGGAUUCCUUUAGCAGGCGAUACAUGGGGGAAUUAUGAAAAUAAUAACUGGACUGGGUCAUUGGGCGAUGUUUAUAACGACCGCGUACACGUGUCCGUUUGUUCAUUGCCUAUUUCCGAAGAUAAGUAUGGUAAUUUUCAAAUUUCCUAUAUUUACAACUCAAUGGAUAUAGUUUGGACAGCUGAAGUACCACCGAUUAAGCCAUCUUGGACUAAAUUGCUUUCUUCUUUGGACGUAACUUUACGAAUUGCAAUAUUUGUAAUGUUCAUUGCAAUUGCCCUCAUCAAUUCUAUUUUAAGAAGUCAUCUUUGGCGAAAAUUUUUCAAAGUUUUAAGAAUAAAAUCUUUUCGAUCAAAUCUACUCAUUAAUUCCUGGGCCUUAUUUCUUGGAAUACCGAUAUUAAGAAUGCCAAACAAACGGGCAUUUAAAUUCAUUGUCUUUAGCUGGAUUUGGUUCAGUUUUAUUAUUAAAAUUGCAUAUCAAGCAGCAUUAAUAAGUUCUCUGAAGAAUAAACAAUUUGGAGAUAAGUUUCCCGACUUUGAAUCAGUGCUAGAAACCAAGCGCCCUUAUGGGGGUUUGCCAACUCUUAGGCAAUAUUACAUUGAGGAUCCUUACGUUUAUGACAACUGGAUCGUCCUGGAUUUUGAUGAAUCUUAUGAAACUUUAGAACAGAUAUGUGACGUUUCAACAAACUUUGUUCUGGCAUUUAAUAAGGAAAUUAUAAUGGAACACCUUUUUAAGUACAAUGGAACAAAAAGAUUACAGAUCUUGCCUCAUAAAAUUGUGAACAGUCCUACAGUGAUGUAUUUCAAGAAGUAUUCCGUAUUUGAGGCUCCCGUUAGUGCUGUGCUUAGUAGAAUGGUAGAAUCGGGAUUAACACAAUUCUGGCGAAACAGAUAUUUGACAUAUGUAAACUUUUUCUUUCGUAGAAUAGAGGAUCACGAAGAGGAACCGUUUACGUUUGACAAUUUUAAAGCAUGCUUGGCUUUAUUAGUUUUUGGUUGGGUUUUAUCAAUAAUAUUUUUUGUAUUGGAAGUUUUUUGUGGAAGAUACGAGAAAAGGCUUAAAUAA